AUGAGUGGUCGCGAGCGCAGUAGAAACCGAACCUGGUCGUUGGAUUCGGACCUUGACUCGCGUGCGUCCCAGACAGUGGGCAGUUCGGCAGGGGGUCUUGAGGAGGACAAGGAGGUCGCCUCGCAAGCUGUCCUGUUCUUCAUCAAUGGUUCGAGGAGAGGUGCAGUGCACCUGUGCUCGAGUAUAGCCGAGAUACUGCGCGAGAAUCAACGUCUGCACAGGACCGUAGAGGUCCAGAGGGUCCGAAUAGAGGAGCUGAUGUGCUCUCUGUCCACUGCUCCGGCUCCCGUGGGUCCAUCAGAUUCCAACAAAUCCCAGACCAACUCCACCUCUCCCUUCUCCUGCCUCCCCUCCAUCUCUCUCGCCGCCUCCUCCCCCUACCUCCCCUCUCCCCCAGCCAGUGUCUCCCCCAGUGUGUCCUCCUUAUACAGCUCUGGGAGGGGCAGCCUGUGCUCUAACACCACACCCCCCUGCCUCCCCCCUCUGUCCUUUAGCACCACACCCCCCUGCCUCCCUCCUCUGGUCCCCCUUCACAACCUCACCCCUCAGAGGAGACAGACAGCAGUUCUGCCCUGUGUGAAAGAGUAUGAGAAGGAGGAUCCAGGAGAAGAUGAGAGGAGAGGAAAGGAAGGCAGGAGAGGAGAUGAGAGGGGGAAGACCAGAGGGGGAGAAAGGAGACAAGAAGACAACAACAGUCUUAUUCUACCCUCUGUAGAAGCUCUGGGAUCACAACCCCUAYCCAUCAUGCCUCACUCCUCCCAUAGUGGCAGCAUUCCCAGAGAAAGAGUCAGGAGGAGGGAGAAGGGCAACCUGUCGUCUGAGCAGGGUGGACAGACAUCGGACCGAAAACACACGCUGAAGGUUGGACCUCAUUAUCAUACUUCACAAUGGACACAUGAGGAUGUCACAGCCUUUAUGAUGAGCUGUUUUUGUGGUGGUUUGUUUGUGGUCAUUGAUAUUGUUGUUUGUGAGCAGAAAAGAGAGAAAGUCCUAAGGAGAAGUGCCUCRUGUGGACCUCUGAGGGGAGAGAUGGACGAGACAAAAGAGGAGGAGAGGUGGUGUCUGGCCCCAGACUGUCCUGACUCCUCGUCCACAGUCCAAGCAGCAGGGGGGCUGGAYCCCAGGGCAUUAACCACCAGGAAGAAGCACCGUCUGUGUGUGAAUGACCGUGUAGUGCUGGAGAGAAGGAGGCGAGGAGAGGAGAGGAGAAGAGGAGCUGUGAGGUUUAUCGGACCACUGGAAAACACUGAGUCUACAGACAUCUAUAUCGGAGUGGAAUUGGACACAUCCAGUGGAGAAAAUGAAGGCAGUCUCCAUGGUAACAGGUACUUCAGGUGUAAGCCCAACCAUGGAACAUUCACCACCAUCACGGGGAUCAGAAAGCUCUCUCGAUCAUCCUGCUCCAAACCUCCAGAGGAGGGUGACUCUAGUGACUCUGGGCCGGGGAGCUCUGCAGUGGCAAUGGGGAGGAGCAGCCAGAGCGUUGGGAGCAGGAAAGGGCUCAGAAGGACCUGGAACCAGAUGGACAUUAGAGCUCAGGUCCAUUCAGAGCCAGGACCCAGAGACAAGACUACAGUGGAGAACCCUGGACUGGACUGACAUUGCGCCAUCACAUACCCCUGGAAUGGCCUGACACUCCUCUCCUAAUCACUCAAUCUACAGCCUUACAUUUUCCCCUUUCUCUCCUGAUGAGUGUAUACUCACUAGACAACAUGCUGAAGAAGUCUUCUUCAAUCUUCCAGCAUGUAACUAUAGAGAGAGGACUUGUUUUAGUGUAGGCAGCGCCAUUGAGGACUUCAACUGGGKGGGACCUCCUAUGGGUUAAGGAAGGAUCACAUUAUUCCAUCCAGGUCAUCAGGAGGGAUCAGCCAAUGAAUUAUACUAGUGAGGAAACAGUCCAUAACUCCAGGUGGCAGUAAAUCUCCAACCUUGGCUUUUUAUCUGUUCAAACAACACACUCUAGGUGGCAGUAUGCACCCUUUUUGCCAUCUCGUAGAUGAAAGUUGAUUAGUUCAAAAUGGAGAUGCUCACAGACGCCAUAAUGGAACAGAUAGAAUGAUGCGAUGUUAUUCAAGUCUAUGGUUGUAACUGACCUCCCAGCCUUUUGACAAAUGGCAUCUGUCUGCCAUGCUUUCAUCAGGUGUAACUGACCA